UACUAUAUAACAAAUAAUUUGAGCACUUCAGACGAAAUGUUAAAAGCAGCGGUAACCGUGUUUCUGGUAGCUGUGGUUUACAGCAGUGGCGACGUAAUAGACUACGACACACAGGGCGAAUGGGGAGGAGUGUGUAACAAAGAGGAGUCCAAGAAUCAGUCUCCUGUUGAUGUGAUAUCCUCUGAAACCAGCACUGAAGUGGAUGCUAAAUUUGUUGAACUGAGCUCUGGACAGGGUCUCGCUGCAACGAACGAAAAUAACUUGAACGCCAUCAAGAUCAAGUUUACUGAGACAAUUAAAUACAUGAUUCCAUGGAUGGAAAACACUGAGGGCACGGUGGCACAACUACAUCUCCAUUGGGGGGCUCAGGAUAGUGACGGAUCUGAGAACUGGCUGGACGGGAAACAGUUCUCUGCUGAGGCGCAUCUUGUUACUUCUUACGGAGACGGAUCAAAAUACGCUGUUAUCAACCGUUUCUUCAAAGUCGGUGCAGAGAAUGCUCAGAUCGCUAAAAUGAUCGCUUCAGCUGAAGCAGAGGGUGAAAAUAGAGACAUUGCGGAUUUCGACUUGAGUGCCCUCUUUCCAAGUGACAUCAAGGAGGUCAUAACGUAUGAAGGUGGAUUGACUACCCCUGAGUGUGACGAAGUUGUUCACUGGAUUGUCGUUCCCGAACCUCUCACAAUAUCAACCGCACAGUUGGCUAAAUUGAGGGUAGUUAAACUCGGUGACGGGACUGGAGACGCCAAGACUUUCAACUGGAGGAACAAACAAGAUUUAAAUGAACGAACCUUCAAGCACUAUAAAAUGAAGACCUCAGCCUCCGCCGCUACUGUUAUCUCACCUCUGCUUGCUCUUCUGGCACUCAUUGUUAAUGUGUUAUGCUAAACUGUAUGAUAAUUACAGAGAUGAUUCUAUUGAUCCUAUUUCUGUAAGAGGUUAACGGUUCAGUAUUAUGUGAAUGUAUUACUGGGCGGCGCUCAGCCUUUCAUUCCGCCUAAUCUCUAUGUUUAUGAACUUUAUAGCCUGGGGUCCCCAGGUAAGUGGAGGUACUAUUUUAUGAAGAUGCCUUUUUAUGGAACCUAUCAUAUUGAUUAUGAAACUUAUUUAAUCGGUAGAAUCAUGAUUAUUUUAAUCAUGAUUAAGUUUGAAGUUUGAAAUAUUCCAAAAAUACCACUAGCUAGGUGUUUACUGUUUGAUUUUGUAAUAUAUUGAUACCCUCUAUUACUUAUCUGUAUCAAUUAUCAUUUAUUGUGUUUCUGUAUUGUAAAAUA